AUGCUUUCACACUACUCAAACCUCUUUGCCAAACCAAAGGCUCAAGCCAACCAGCCCCGUACUUCAACUACCUCUCUCUUCUUCCGCAAAAAUGACACAAAACCCAAACCCAAACCCAAACCAACAACCAAGAAACCAAAAGACACUCGCAGAACUCCGAGUCUUGUAUCCCGCUACGUAUCCUCCCCUAGCGUCACCUCCAUCUUGCAUCUAUCCCGCAAACCUAAACCCCAGCACAUGUCUCGCCUCGAGCCACCAAAAUACUCUAUUGGGGUACACUGCUCAUCCAACAAAAACACACGCGGCGCUCGUAGUAGUACGGGGCAACCGGAGUGGUACGUGACGUACCGCGCUAUCAUGGAUGAGGAGGAAAAGAGGAAGAAGAAGGUGCGCAAAGAGGAAGAUAGAGCGUGGGAGAAGGAGGUGAGGAGGGAUAAGGAGAAGUAUGCGAGGGAUAGGUUGGGGAAGGAGGGUGUGUUUGCGGAUGUGUUUGUGUUGUUGGGGUAA